GCGAGCUGUUACACUGGCACUCUAUGCGGACACGUGCACGCCCCUCGCGCUCUCCCUCCUCUCUCCGGGUGAUGCAGUCAGAGAUUCCAGCGCUCGCGCUGUCACCAUCAGGACCCCCAACUGACAAAAAAUGCUAAAUUGUCUAUUUUAAACGACAAAUGAGGACAUAUUCUCGUUUCUGUCUCUGUUUUGGGGCGUUUUCUCGUUGAGGCGGACGCCAAGGAGUGUUUCUGAGGGAGUAAUAUGGAUGAGCAAACCAAGAGAAGCGGCUGAGGAAUUUUUAACGGUUUGGGUGAGACGGUGAGGCAGCCGUUAGAGGGCUGGAUAGCUUAAUUUGCGACGACAUCAAAGAGGCAACAGGCAUGACUUUACAGUCGCAGUUUAAAAAAAGCAAAUAAAUCACCCUGCAUGCUCCUGCCUCUCUGCUUUUUGCUCGGUAAUACCAUUUUCAUUUGAAGAACGCAUUUUAUUCGGGUAAAGAUGGCUCAUCUAAUACGACACAAGCUCACCAACAAGCUGACCAACGCGGCCCACACGGUAUCCAACAAAUCUCAGGCCAAGGUCAGCGGGGUGUUUGCCCGGCUGGGCUUCCAGGCCGCCACGGACGAGGAAGGUUUGGGUUUCGCCGAAUGCGACGACUUGGAUUAUGACUACAGGCAAGGGAUGCAAAUGGAUGUCCUUCAGGGAGAGGAGGAGGAAGGGGGACACAUGGAGGGUGAGGGGGAGCUGGAGGGAGACAGCCACUACCAGAGGGACGGCACCGGUCGGAGGCCCUCGUCCCUAAAGACAGGAGGCUCGCUGGAUGAGGACAAGCCAAAAAUCACGUCAUGGGAAGCUGGCUGGAACGUCACCAAUGCCAUUCAGGGCAUGUUCGUCCUCGGCCUGCCGUACGCCAUCCUCCACGGUGGCUACCUCGGUCUCUUCCUCAUUAUCUUCGCGGCUGUGGUGUGCUGUUACACGGGAAAAAUCCUCAUCGCGUGUCUGUACGAGGACAACGAGGAUGGCAUAAAAGUGCGCGUGAGGGACUCCUACGUGGACAUCGCCAAUGCCUGCUGCGCGCCCCGCUUCCCAGCGCUGGGCGGGCACGUUGUGAACGUGGCUCAGAUCAUCGAGCUGGUCAUGACCUGUAUUCUUUACGUUGUGGUCAGCGGCAACCUGAUGUACAACAGUUUCCCGGGGUUUCCCGUCUCCCAGAAAGCUUGGUCAGUGGUGGCCACGGUGGCGCUGCUGCCUUGCGCGUUCCUGAAGAACCUCAAGGCCGUGUCCAAGUUCAGCUUGCUCUGCACUCUGGCGCACUUCGUCAUCAACGUCCUCGUGAUUGCCUACUGCCUCUCCAGGGCACGCGACUGGGCCUGGGACAAGGUCAAGUUUUAUAUCGACGUGAAGAAAUUCCCCAUUUCAAUUGGCAUCAUCGUGUUCAGCUACACCUCCCAGAUCUUCCUCCCCUCCCUGGAGGGAAACAUGCAGAAGCCCAGUGAGUUCCACUGCAUGAUGGAGUGGACUCACAUCGCAGCCUGCGUCCUCAAGGGCCUCUUUGCCCUGGUGGCCUACUUGACUUGGGCAGAUGCCACUAAAGAGGUCAUUACAGAUAACCUGCCUUCAACCAUCCGGGCUGUGGUGAACAUCUUCCUCGUCGCCAAGGCGCUGUUAUCUUACCCACUGCCAUUCUUUGCUGCAGUCGAGGUUCUGGAGAAAUCCUUGUUCCAGGAUGGUGGGAGAGCCCUCUUCCCUGACUGCUACGGCCCUGGUGGGCAGUUGAAAUCAUGGGGUCUGGGCCUCCGAAUUGCCCUGGUAGUCUUCACCCUGCUUAUGGCCGUCUUUGUCCCCCAUUUCGCCCUCCUUAUGGGUUUAACUGGGAGUCUCACUGGCGCUGGCCUGUGCUUCCUCCUGCCAAGCCUCUUCCACCUGAAGCUGCAGUGGAGGAAUCUCCUGUGGCACCACGUCUUCUUCGACGUUGCCAUUUUUGUUAUUGGCGGCAUAUGCGCCAUAUCUGGCUUCAUUCACUCAAUCGAGGGGCUCAUAGAGGCGUUCAAGUACAAUAUCCAUGACUGAGAGCUUCAGAGAUGACCUUUAUCGAAUGGAGAUGUCCUAAAAUGCCGCACUCCGGCAGGUUGUCAUAACGCAGACCUUAUCAAAACAUCACGUUAACCACUUGACAAAGAAGCUCAUGAGGAGGAUAAUUUGUGUGAAAUGUACAUCUUUUUAUUUUGCCUUCGUGAUAAUGUGCAAUAAUAAACUCUUCAAUCAUAGUGUAAAGUAGUCUACUCAUUCCAGAAAACAUGUUUGAUCAUUAACUGGACAGAGGAACAAAACCUCCGCAUGACAGGAGGUGAUUAAAUGUGCGGGCAUUAAGAAGCCUGUCCAGGUUAUCAAUCUUCAUGCAAAGAGUUGUCAAAGAUCCAGUGAAAAUGUCCGCCAUGGAUCUUAACUGUGAGUGUGUACGUGUUUAUAUCUGGGGAAUGAAAUAUGUGGAAAAACAAUGGAGUGAAUAUGUUAUUAUUGGUUUUUGAGCUGCUAGAUAUAUCAUAAAUCCCACAUCGGAGAAAAUGUAAGACAAAGGCACCCAUCAGAUCAGAUGGUGCUCUGUGGAUUAUAAUAAACCAUGAAUAACUUAUGUGUAGUUGUUUAAACAAAAUUAUUUAUUUAUUUAUUUCAGUUUCAGUGUGAUUUAUUUUCCAUCUUAUGCCUAUAGUAGUCCUCGUUGGCUCGUUUGUUUUCUUGGUGUUUCAAGUGUCAUACUGGAUGAAGUGAAUUCAAAGUGCAAGCAAGUGGGUCCUAAUUGUGUUAUAUGAAAAAAACAAUGUCUGUCUGAUAAUAUUCUCUUCUCCUAUUGAAAUUGUUAAUUGUGAUUUAAUGGAACUAAUCAUGGUGUGUGAGACAAAGAGUAUUUGUUGAAUUAAGAGACAAAUAAAUCAAAUAUUUUAUGGCUGGUGA